AUGUCGGCCACCAGCUCCAACUCACAAUCUAUCAAGCCAGAGGCGCAGUCUUCAAAACCGACCGAAGACAACAAAUCGUCACUCCCAUCUCUUGGCGCGCUCGACGAAGACGAUGAGUUUGAAGAGUUUGAUGAGCAAGACUGGAACGAUGCAGAGACCGAUCUCUCCCACUUGACUGCGGCCACUUCCAAUGCACUCGGCGCUGGUGUCGGCCUCACCAUGGGUGCCUCUUCGGCCAGCACAGGCGACCACCUCUGGCAAGACUCGUGGGACGACGACACCGUCGAAGACGACUUUAGCAAGGCUUUGAGGGCCGAGCUUGACAAGCAGAGCAGCGCACCCCAAGCCAUGUCGACCUGA